AAAUUAACAAUUACAUUAAAUUUUUUUCUUUUACUAUAUAGCUUAUAAGAAUAUUUACAAAUAAUAUCAAAUAAUAAUAGUUUUUUAAAUCUAUCAAAAUAAUCACGAAUCAUUGUAUAUUAAAUAUAAAACAUAUAAAUACUGCCAUACCCCCCAAAUAUAAUAAUUUAAAAUACACAAAUAUAAUAUAUACACUAAAAAAUGAUGAAGUAUUCACCAUUUUCAGAUGAGCCAGAGGAAUCAAACUCAAGUAGUAAUAAUAAUUCAGAACAAAACUCAGCUCCAAAACCAAAACAUCCUAUAGCAAUCGUUUUUCAUUAUCUUUUCAAAAUUAUAGCAAUUUUAAUAUUUAUUUUCGGUGGAUUAUUUUCAUUAAGUUUUGUUUUAACAUUUAUUAUUGUUGUUUUAGCAAGCGCAUUCGACUUUUGGACUGUAAAAAACGUAACUGGUCGUUUAUUAGUAGGCUUAAGAUGGUGGAAUGAAAUUAAGGAAGAUGGUUCAAACAAUUGGAUUUUUGAAUCUGUUCAAGAUAAAAGCCAAAUUAACCCAGCAGAAUCACUUUUAUUCUGGGGCCCAACUAUUUUAUUACCAGUUAUUUGGAUUUUCUUUAUGAUCUCUUCAAUUUUCUCUGCCAAAUUAUUAUGGUUAGUUGUUGUUAUUGUUUGUUUUGCUUUAUCAGCAGCCAAUUUAUACGGUUAUAUUAAAUGUGCAAAAGAUGCAAGAAAGAAAGUCAAAGGUAUGGCUCAAACAUAUAUCGUAAAUAGUAUUGUAAAUCAAGCAAUUAAUCAAGUAUAAAACUACAAUAUAUAUAAAACUAUUUAAAAUUACUUAAAAGAAAAAAGAAAAAAAAGAAAAAAAGAAAAAAGAAAAAAAAAGAAAAAAAACAAAUAAAUUUAUUAUUUAUUAUAAUUAUUUAAAAAAAUUACAU